AUGAGUAAUAUAUUUACAAGUGAAGACAGAAAACAAUAUAGUUUAUCAGAAUUAGAAAAAUAUAAUGGAAUUGAUGAUGAAUGUUUUGAAGGAAGUACUGACCUUGUUGAAAUUAAUAUACCAACAAGUAUAGAAUGGAUAGGAGAUAAUUGUUUUAAAGAAUGCACAAGAUUAACAUGUGUCAAUAUCCCAACAUCAGUUACAUCAAUAGGAAAUGGAUGUUUUAAAGGAUGUUCAUCAUUGGUAACAAUUAAUAUACCAACAUCAAUCAGUGAAAUAAAGUAUGAAUCUCUUAGUGGAUGUACAUCACUUGUAUAUUUUAAAAUCCCAAUUUCAAUUACAUCAAUAGAAAAUGGUUGUUUUAAGAACUGUUUCAAAUUAAAGAAAAUUAAUAUACCUACUUCAAUAAAGAACUGGA